GUGGAACGAAGUAAACACUCAACAUGGAUGGUUUCUUACUGCUUUCGUUCGAAUUUUAGCUUAAAAUUGUUUAAAAUGCUUUAGUAAUACACAAGAGGAUCUAAAAUAAAUUGUAAAAAUGUCAUCAGAAAGGGUUGAAUGGGUGGAGAUUAUAGAACCGAAGACAAAGGAGCAUAUGUAUGCUAACCUCACAACUGGCGAAUGUGUUUGGGAUCCCCCCGAGGGAGUAAAAGUAAAACGCACAGAUUCAUCACAAUGGUGGGAAUUGUUCGACAUCAAUACACAUAGGUUUUAUUACUAUAAUGCAUCUACACAGAGUACUGUGUGGCACAGACCUACAGAUUGUGAUAUUAUACCUCUAGCAAAGCUUCAAACUUUGAAACAAAAUACUGAUCCUCAGAAAAGACGUGAGACAUCAACUCAAACAAACCAAGCUGCACCACAGAUCCCCGCUACACUUGAUCCGAUUAGUAGCAAUGGAAACAAUACCGUGGCGAGCGUGAGCAAACUUUCUCCGUGCAAUACUAAAAAUGUGACAAUCACACAAACCAGUCCCGUGCGUACUAGGAGAACUCAUUAUCACCACAGAAACAGUGGGGAGAGCAGACGUGGACGGCUAAGUGAAGACGGUACCACGGCAGUAUGUCGUCACACGGACUCCGGUCGCUCCUCAGACAGCAGCAUCAGCAGCGCGCAGCAACGCCGCAAGCAGGAGCUGAGCAGCGCGUGCACGCCGCAGCUGCGCAAGCGCAGCAGCGCGCAGCCCGCGCCGCCCGCGCCGCCCGCGCCCGCGCACGCCGCGCCGCCGCUCGACGACAAGUGGUCGCCGCAUUCGGGUCUCAAUCGCAGCGGCAGCUUUGUAUCGCCUCGAAAGGAUGCCUCGGACGAUUCUAUGCACGAAAAGUAUUUUAAAUCCGUCGAAAGCACACCGUUAACGAGACGUAAGCUAAAACAACAAUCGGCCGGCGGCUCGUCUUGUGAUUCAGCGUCGCCGCAAAGUCCUAGUAGUCCGCUGCAGAAACCACAACCGACGCCAUUCUUGCAGGCGAGCGCGGCGCGGCCGUCGCUGGUGUCGUCCAUCUCGCUGGCGGAGGGCGCGCGCGCGCUGCACUCGCUGGAGCGCCCGCACCACCUGUCGCGGCACGCGCGCGAGCGCUUCUCCGACAGACACUUGGAUAAAGAACGUCUGGCUGAGCUCGAGCGUAUGGAGCGGUACCCCGAGAAGCAGGCGGUGUACAGCGUGGACAAACCCUUCCGACAGACCAGCCUCGACCUGCGACACAACGCCUCCAGCUGGCAUCCGCCGAGGGAGUUCACGAGGCGGCAGCAGGCGGAGCCGGAGCGCUACACGUCGAGCAAGGCGUCGGUGUCGUCGGGCGGAAGCGGCGCGCGCGCGCACGAGCACCUCGCGCUGGCGCGCGCCGCGCCCGCCGCGCCCGCCGCGCCCCUCGAGCCCGACGUCGCCGCGGUUAACUUUAAAUUGAAAUGCGUGAAUCUGGAGCCUGCCUUGACGGAGCCCAAUGUACAGAAACACAAUCAACGCCUAGAAAGAACUUCCACGCCACGAGACCGUACGAAAUCCCGUCGGCAUAAGAGGCCGGUAGAAGAUGAUCCUCAAAUCGAUGGCGAGGAAGAAGACGAAGAAGGAGGCGGGUCACCUCUUUACUGCAAUUGGGAUUUACGCGGCAUGCAGCACCUAUUGCCUCUGCAAGACUAUAUCAUCCAACAAGCUAAACUCUCCAGUCGCGGUCGCUACGCCGGGUCAGACUCGGACGGAGAGUCCUGCACGUCGCGCUCCCGGUCCGGCUCCGAGUCGCGUUCGCUGUCCGGACACGAGCCGGACAACGAGUCAUCGGACGGCGGGGCGCGCACUCCCGACGACGACGACGGCUCGGGCGUGUACCUCCCGCACACGUACGCGCACCGCCCGUCCGAUGUGGAGUACAUGAACCACGGCGUUUCCUACUACAACACGUUCGUGGGCUUCGAGCGGGACCGACAGCCGUCGCCCGGCAUACAUCGGACGUCGUCGCUUGGCGGAGGGGGCGCGGGCGGCGCGGGCGGCGCGGGCGAGGCGGGCGCGCGCGCGGACGGCGCGCUGUACAGCCCCGUGCGCGCGCACGCGCACCCGCACGCGCACGCGCACGCCGGCCCGCCGCCCGAGCAGGACAUCGAGAUAUUCGCCAAAGACAACCUCAACUUCAACAAGGGAAUAUUCAGAAGAAAGGCCUCGGUCCGCGACAUGCUGUCGUGGACGUCGUCCUCCAUCAGCGCCCCGAUGGUGGGCGCGGAGUGGGACAAGGCGCACAAGAAGGCGGCCAUCGAUCUGUUCCGCCUCGUGCAGAUCUACAUGGGCGACCGCAAAGCCCGGCCCGGCAUGACGCUAAACUCGGUGGCGCAAGACAUACUGCACGCCACCUUCAGCAACGAGAAACUUCGAGACGAGCUCUACGUUCAGCUGUGCAGGCAGACGACUGAAAAUCCUCUAAGAGACUCCUUACUGCGCGGCUGGGAGUUACUGGCCGUGUGUCUCGCAUUCGUGCCGCCGUCUCCUGCCUUCCAGCCCGCUCUCACUAAUUAUGUUAAUAGACACAGGGAUCCCGCUUUUGCUGACUGUUUCCCAGAGGUCGGCAAGUGGCCGAUCCACGUUCAAGUAUCACAUUAUGCGAGCGUAGCGUGCAAGAGACUCGAAAGGAUUGGCUUCGGAGGCAAGAGGCCGCCUCGGAAACCUAGCACUGAAGAUAUCGAUCAAGCGAGAAUCCAGAUCUUCCGGCAGUCGAUGUUCGGCAACACGCUGGCGGAGGUGAUGGCGCUGCAGCGCGAGCGCUUCCCGCAGCGCGCGCUGCCGUGGGUGCAGACGGCGCUGUCGCAGCAGGUGCUGGCGCUGCACGGCCGCGACACCGAGGGCAUCUUCCGCGUGCCCGCCGACGUGGACGAGGUGGGCGCGCUCAAGGCCAAGAUCGACAACUGGGAGCUGCCCGACGCCACCAUGCUCACGGACGCGCACGCGCCGGCCAGCCUGCUGAAGCUGUGGUACCGCGAGCUGUACGAGCCGCUGAUCCCCGACGCGCUGUACGGCGCCUGCGUGUCGGCGGGCGCGGACUUCGGCGCCUGCACGCGCGCGCUGCAGCGCCUGCCGCCGCUCAACCGCCUCGUACUUACGUAUCUGAUAAGCUUCCUUCAACAAUUCGCCGCGCCCGAGGUGGUGAGUCAGACCAAAAUGGACUCGUCCAAUCUGGCGAUGGUGUUCGCGCCGAACUGUCUCCGCUGCACCUCGCAGGACCCCCGAGUCAUACUCGAGAACGCGCAUAAGGAGAUGACCUUCCUCAAAACUCUCAUCACUAACCUCGACACCUCCCACGUGCAGGAUCUGCUGUGACCGACGAAUCUCAAUUAUUGUAACAACAAUGUCGCCAGACAAACUUUCUAGCGACGGUUGAUUGUAGCCCCUAAAUUAAUUCUAAUGAGCUAGUGUUGUAGGCUCGCUGUCCUCGGGGAAGUACCGCGUGCGAGCAGGGUGCCGCUCUCGCGGGUCUUAUGGAGCGCCAUGACGCUGUAUGUAUCACGCGAAAGAAAACGAUACGACAUUUAAAAAAAUCAGUAGGCACAAUGAUGACAUAAUUUAAAUUAAAAUUAAGUCGGUCAAGACGACAUAAAAUAAAAGUAUAUCUUAUAUUAUAAGCAUGUUGCUAAAAUAAUUAUUAAAAAGUACCUUAACGUUACCACGUGAUAGCGACUGCCUUUCCCGCGGACAGCGAGGCGGCGAUACUGCUGUAGUAGCGAAUCUGAUGCCUUUAGUGCAAGUAGUGGGAGGAGUUGACCAUUUCCUAUCAAUUAACGUAUGUAUACCAUAUUUCAGCAGGUUCGAUUACGCCUAGGAAGUACACGCGAACUUGAUAAUUCCCUUACUUGAAUUAUAAUUGACAUUCUUGUAUAUUUUUUGUAUUUUUGUACGCUGUGUAAUACUUUUAUUUGGUCGUAUCCAAAGAUAUUUAAUGAGAUGUGAUUUAAAAAUAUAUUUAGACUUGAGCUUUACAAAAGUGUAUGUGCAAUGUUCCGAGCUGAGUUGUUGUUGGAACGGUUGCGUGUUUGUUAUUAGUUAGUAUAGUUUUGCGUGGAGAAUGUGCGGACUUAUUAAUUUAAGUUUUAUUUUUAUCUUCUAAGUACACAAUUUAGUGCGUGAGUGCACAAAUUCGAAGCCCGUAACGAAUUAAUAUAUACGAUGAUAAGAGCUUUAUGAACGAACACAUCACAAUUAUCAUAGACCUAGGUCGCAUGCGUAAUGAACACGUUUAUGCUUUGAACGCUGAUAUUAGGGUUCCGUAAUAUAAUUCCAGUAUGAUUUUAUAAUAAAUUAAAGUUGUUGUUUAAUAAGAUAUUUUGGGGAAAUGUUUCUAAGACACUAUUGUAAAAAUGAAAAAAAUAGCAAAUUAUAAAAAUUGAAUUCUUAAUAGAUCUCUCGAGGAAAGCUUACGCUGUUUUAAAUUAUAAAAUUGCUAAUUAAAUCGUUUACCGAUUACAGCAUUCAAACGCACAAACAUCUACGGUCUCGCUUAUAAACGUUGUUUAGCGGGUGUUUAGUUACACGCUGAUUCGUCUCUUUCUGUCGACAUUGAUUUGACAUUUGAAAGAAGAAGACAGCAUUGUUUAACUAAUUACUACUUAAUAAACUAUAAUUACAGUUGAAGCCGUUAUUGCUACAAAACUUGACGUAAAUUUUAUAUGAGGAAAUAAAUAAAACAUAAUAUUAAUCAACAUACGAACCAUAUCGUAAUAAUAUUGAACCGUUAUAAGUAAAAAUGCUUUUAAAUUAGGCAAAAACAUAAACUUCCAACAUUAGCUUUAUAAACGUAAACAUUACACAAUUUCAUAAACUGCCAUUAUCAUUAUUUCAUCACUAAAUUGCUAUCGUCGAACAUUAUAUAACAUUAAAACUAAGGUCACAAUAAUGCAUUUAUUAAAAUGAUCGAUAAUUAUUAUACAUACAUAAUAUGUUACGAUUAAAUAACGAAUGUGCUCUUUGAGAUUAAAUUUGAAAGGCCACAAAUCAUUUAUCCUUUAAAAAUAGUUUUAAUUACUUUAUGUAUGUAUUCAUUAAACUACACGCGUAAUUGUUAUACGUAUAUAACCAUCCAGGUGCCUCGAAGUUGUUUAUGAAUGUAUGAAAUUUUUAUUCAGAUCAUUAGCUACGUACUUUAUAACAUCGUCAUUGUUAUUUAUCGUUACAGAAGAGUUAUAUUUAAUCGAAAUCAUAAAUUACAAUAGAUAUAUAAAAUCCUUUAAAAUGAAAGUAGCAACCAUAAUAACUAUAAAUCAGUAUGCUUCAUGAUUGUAUUCCUUGUCCAUUUAAGGAUAUGUGUAGCGACCCAUCUAGAUUUACAUAUUACACAUAAAUUGUGUAUGCUAUUCCAAUCGAAGAAGUAGUGAUAAACUUAUUCCAUGCUAUUUGCUUAUAGCUCUGAUAUAUUCAUGAUUAAUAUAUCUUUAUUUAAAAUUAAUUUAAAAAUAUUAUAAAAUCUUUUCCAAAUGUACAAGUUGAGAUAAUAACAUUGCCAACAUUCAAAACGCAAUUUUUUCGCGAAUCUAUAAUAACGAAUACCACAGAUUAAACAUCUCGACCAAUGACUUUACGUCAAUUUAAUGUCAAAGUUGAUCAUUUUAAUACUCCUCUUGUGAUUGGAAUAUGCUAUGUACAAUAAUAUUAUACUUUAGUGGAAUAGUAAACAAAAUAUAUAAUCUAUUUCAUUAAGAAAGUCUCUCAGAACAACUAUUAUUCUUUUACUAA